GAUUCAGCAUCCAAAGAAAGUCUAGUACUGUGCAUCUCUAGAUGCAUCAUUCAUGCAAGGUGCGUGUCUUACCUUUAAGUGUGAUGUACACGUGAGAUUAUUCAGCCCAGGAUAAUGAUGUACUAGGCGGAUCUUUCUUGUUAACCGACUGUGACAGAGCUCGCUAUUCCACGUAGUCUCACCACAGAUUAUCUUUGUAGCAAUGUGAUGUUGAUUCCUUCCUAACAAAUUUGGUUCUAACAAUUUUACGUCAAAACGCAAUGAUUGUUAAGAAAUGGUAUGGAAUGUCAACAGUUUAUUCACGACCCAGGAUAGAGUCAUGGCUGGAUUGUUUAGAAGGACUAUGUGGGUUCAACUCUUUGUUUUAAUCUUUCCUGUGUACCUGUUUAGUAAUAUACAGUGUGUGAAUGUGAAACCACAAAAAGAAAUCUAUGUGCCAAAUUACAGGUUCUACCAUAAUUUAAAUCUUAUCGAGGAAGAAGUCAAACUUCUGUCCAAAUUUCCAAAUUAUGUGAAGGUGUACACACAGUACAAGUCUAGAAAAAACAGACCCCAGCAUCUUUUACACAUAUCAAAUUUUAGCGAAUCAAAAGAACUUGAAAGAUUUAAAGACUCGGAUAGCCUGAAAAAUAAACCGAGAUUACUUUUCUCCUAUGGAGAACAUGCAAGGGAAUUCCUCCCAGUUGAGAGUGCAAUACGUUUUAUUAAAAACAUAACAGGUGGUUUACUGUCUUCCUCAGAUGUAUUUUCUAGAAAGUUUACACAGCAAAUUCUGUCACAAGCAGAUAUAUACAUUAUACUAAUGGCUAACCCAGAUGGACGGCAUUAUGUUGAACAAAUGAAGAAUUACUGCUGGAGAGGAACCAGUACAGGGGUGGAUCUAGACAGAAACUUUGGGUGGGAGUUUGGAGGGAUGGGAAGUUCUGAUGACCCAAAUGACGAGGAAUUCAGAGGAAAGAAACCAUUCUCAGAACCUGAGAGUAAAGUUUUCCGGGAGAUAAUAUCAGAGAUAGCAUUUGAUGCUUUCUUCUCUUUCCAUUCAGGGAUCAAUCACAUAUACAUUCCAUAUUCAGAUACAAGAUCUAGGGAGAUCCAGAGAGAACCAGACAAUAUUAAUGAGAUGCUCCGUAUGGCCUCUCGUUUAUCACGCUGCACCAUGUACCGGUACCAAUAUGGAACCGCACCCCAGCUGAUCAAUUACACUGCAGACGGCACCAUAUUUGACUACAUGGCAGGAGUCCAAAAAAUCCCCUUCUCCUUUACGGUUGAGUUGUGGGGUAGACAACAUGGAGGACCAAGUUGUUUUGAUUUGUUUAAUCCAGAAAGUCAAAACCUGCAGGAAGUGGUCAGCUCCCUUCAUCCACUAUACAUCAACAUUAUAGCCCACCUGUCUGAAUGGAAAUCUAGAAAUCACAGAGAAAUGGCUAAUCCAAAUACUGACAGUCCCUCAUUAGUAUUGGGUUACAUGAUGUUAGGGAUCACCGCUGGGGUUUCUUUGAUGGUUUGUCUUCACAGAAAAUUCAGAAACUGUCCUAAGUUUUCCCCUCAUCAAAGAGUUGUCUCCCUUAAAACUCUGAGUUCUUCAUUUUCUACAAAGAAAUUGUGAAAGUAAACCUCCUUAAGGAUGCCUUUAAUAUUGAUAUUUUUUAAAAAUUAUAUAUACUUUUUUUUUAAUUUAUUUUGCUCAAAAAAGAAAUCCUUAUCUGAAAUUUUAUUUCUUGUGCAAAAGUCCCAUUGAGAAAUCCUUUGUAUC